AUGGUGGUUUGCGAAGUGGUUCGGUUGAGGAAUACAACUCCCUGCACCUUUCACAUCCAGGCCGAGGACAUUUUCCACAGUUCGCCGAAAAUCGAUGGGCACCCCAUUGAAGAGGACCACCUUGAGGUCCCUCCUGGCUUUGAUGCAGAAGCUGAUGGUCUAGUAGUGCCCUGGUUCCUGACCUCCAUCGAUGGCUUGAUCAUCCGGGAGGCCGGCAGUGGCUGCGUUGUCCGAUGUUCCGUGGGGCCCAAGGUGGACAGUGCAAGCAACAGUGAUUGGUUGCAGCUCCACUGCCUGGAUUGGGACCCCGUGAGCGAGGAGAACUGGUUUGAGCUGGGGCAGCGCCAUUUUAUUGGAGCCAUUGGCCAAUCCGUGCAGUUGCAGCUCACGUUUCGGCAGCCGCGCCUGUUUUGCCCGCGGCCAAUUCCAGGCAGCAACCGCCUGGCUAAGGAGCCUGAGCAGAGGCUGCAGGUGCCCACCGAAGCCUCGGCACUUGCCACCUGGUUGUCGUUCGCAUCAGAGGUGGAAUCUGCUCCUGCAUGCACAGUGUUCCUCAAUGUGUAUGAUUUGGCUCCUGCGACGUCGGUCUUAAACUCGGUACUUUGCAAUACCAUGGUGAAGACUUUCGGCGCAUUCCACGCCACAAUUGAGAUCUACGGCCAGGAGUGGGGCUUCUACCGACAAGUUGAUCCGGAAGUUUGUGGCGUAUGCAGGAGCCGUCAGCCUCGCCAGCAUCCCAUCCAUGUCUACCGCCAGUCCGUAAACUUGGGUCAGACGCGACUCACGGAAGCGCAGACCUAUCGCUUGGUUCGCAGCGAGGUUGCCAAGCUCUGGCCAAGCAAGAGGUAUGACCUGAUCCACUGCAAUUGCAUUCAUUUCUGCGAUGAUCUGGCGAAGCGUUUGGGGGCCAAGCCUGUGCCUGCUUGGGUCCGAGGGCUGCAUGAGACAGGAGCUGCUGCUGCCUCGCUGGUGCGCGCGGCCUCCGAGAUGGGUCGCAUGUUGGGCUUUGGGAGGGAACCGCCGCAAGGCGGACUCGCAGCUCAGGGGCAGCUUGCUGAUGAAACGCAGGCGGCAGAAUCCCGCACUUGA